ACUUACUAUAGUGGCAAAAUAGUAAUUACAAGGCUGAGUAGUGGCAUUUUCAUGGUUAAACUAUGCUGAUUGGGGGUUAUUGGACAGAUUGGUUAGAACAAAAACCCUCACCCCAAAACCUCCAUUCUUGAUCCUUAAAGCUCACUCACUCCAAUCUUUCAAUUUAAGCUAAAAGGAACAACAUUGAUUGUCUCCCCUGUCGCAUUUGUGCAUAAGGAUUGCCAGAAAGCAACCAUGGAUGUUGAUUCGCAGCCAGGUAUGGAGGAAACUAUUUUGGUUGGUGAUGAUCUAAUGAUGGGUCCUCCAUCACCAAUAGUACCACCAGAAAUAGCAUCCCAUGUGCUUCAAGGUGUUGAUCUUUGUGAUGGAAUUCUAAGAAAUCUAUUUUUGUGCUUACAAAUCAACGACAUUGAACCAUUCUGUCAAGACGAGAUUGCUCUAUAUAAACAAUGUGCUGAAAGAAGGGAUAAGGAGAUAAGGAACCGGCUUCAAGAUAGUGAAUUCAAAUUGGGUUCGUCAAUGCCUUUAGAUGCAGCCAAGGAGAGGUCUACUCAGCUUGAGGCAGAAGUUACAUCAUUGGAGAGGCACUUGAUUCUUGCUAGUGGAGUUCAGGGCAUUGAAGGUUUCCGUACAAGAUGGAGCUUGCAUGGCCGCCUUACUGAUUCCAAGGGCUUGAUCCACUGAUCUCACUGGUGUCUCAGUUUCCUAGGAUGUGUUUGAUAAAUGUAACUGAUAAACUAGUUAUAAGUUGAAUAGUUGCUGCAAGAUGAGAAGUUAAUUUUUAACUGAAAGUCUAUAAAUUCUUGGAAAACAAAGUUGCAAGUUUACACUUGCAACAAGUUACCUUAUUGCAUUAGAAGUGAUUGAUCAAAUCAACAUUUAAAUUAGUUUAUCAAUAUGAAAAUGACAUAAAAGACGAUUUUAUAAUAUUUUUAUAUUUAUAUGUGAGUGUGUGUGUAUUAUUUAUUUUAACUUAGUUUAGAUGAUAAUUUUAAUUAAACAACUUAAAAUAGAAGAAUAACAUUAGAAGCUAUAACCUACAAGUUCAAACACCUUUAUGUGAGUCAAAUAAACGUAGAGCAUGUCAAGUAAGCUGCAAAUUAUUGCUAUCAACCAUGCUUUGUUUUGUUGCAAUAUUGAAUGGUUUGAACGGGGCUUCACAUACCCUUACUUAGGUGUGGCAAUUGGUAUUAG